AUGGCGCAACAGUCGUUGAUCUACAGUUUCGUCGCCCGCGGGACGGUGAUCCUCGUGGAGUUCACUGAUUUCGAAGGAAACUUCACAUCCAUCGCUGCACAGUGCCUUCAAAAGCUUCCUUCUUCAAACGACAAGUUUACCUACGACUGCGACGGUCAUACGUUCAGUUACCUCGUUGAAAACGGAUUCACGUAUUGUGUUGUUGCAGUCGAUUCUACUGGGAGUGGGAGGCAGAUUCUUCCUAUGGCCUUCCUGGAACGAGUGAAGGAGGAUUUCAACAAGAGAUAUGGUGGUGGAAAGGCUGCAACUGCUCAAGCAAACAGCUUGAACAAAGAGUUUGGGCCGAAACUGAAAGAGCACAUGCAGUAUUGCAUGGAUCAUGGUGAUGAGAUUAGCAAGCUUGCUAAGGUGAAAGCUCAAGUGUCUGAAGUGAAAGGUGUCAUGAUGGGAAACAUUGAGAAGGUUCUUGACCGUGGUGGGAAAAUCGACGUUUUGGUGGUCGAAACCGAUAUCCUUCGCUCACAGGCGCAUGGUUUCAGAACACAAGGAACUCAGAUUAGAAGAAAGAUGUGGUUUCAGAACAUGAAGAUAAAACUCAUUGUCCUUGCCAUCAUCAUCGCCUUGAUCCUCAUCAUCACCCUCUCAAUUUGUGGGGGAUUCAACUGUGGCAAAUAA